UGAAGAAGAAGAAGAAUCAACACAACGUGUUGCCGCAAAAAUAUUGUAUUAUAAACAUUCAAAUUUAACAAAUUAAAGCUGAUUUAAGAGGCUAUAAAAUGAAGCUCAGCACCUACAACUUCCUUACGUCCAUGGCCAUCAAAGGUGUAAAGGUGGGAUUCCCCUUGAAGCUGACGAUAAACAAAAAGGAAGAGGUUGAGAGUGAGUUUAAUCCGACAUUCAUAGAGCGACUGUUACCCAAGCUGGAUUGGUCGGCUAUUUAUGGAGCUGCACAAGUCGCGGAACUAGCGGAUGACAUCCCACCUGCACAGCCGGAGAACAUAAGUGAGAAUGAGUUACUCCUCCAGAAGCUGCACCACCUACUCUUUGAAAUCGAUGUGCUGGAAGGUCAGCUGGAGUGUCCAGAAACGGGCAGGAUAUUCCCCAUUACCGAUGGCAUCCCCAAUAUGCUUCUCAACGAGGAUGAAGUGUAGGUUUUAGCUACAAUAGUCCCGCGCUUUAGAGGUGAAAUACGAUUAGGAA